AAGCUGGAAAAAACUCAAAGAAGACCAGUGACAUCAAAGAAGAGUCGAUGAUCAAUAAAAGUCUCCAAUUGAUCGGAGAGGCCUACAUCUCUGACGACUCCCAGGAGGUCGUCUCAGAAGAGGAGACUGAGAAGACCCCCAAGGUGGUGUUCUCCUGCAAGCCUUUAGUAGACAAACAUAGCAGUGAGCCCCAGGAGGACCCCACGUACUUCAUCGAAGCUCCACUUGUGCCUCACGAGACUGAACCCAAAGAGAGUCCUAAACCUACCCCAACGACACCAGAAAUAACAAGUGCACCUGCAGAAGCUCUUCCUGAAAAUUCUGAUUCACCAGCAGUAGUUCCAGAUGUUGCCAGCAAUCAGGAGGAUAAUCCCCGGGGAAAAGUGUCAGAAUGUCCAGUGGAUGAGGUUUCAGAGACUCCGUCAGGGGCAUUACCUCCUGGGCAUUGUCCCCAACCUCUUCCAGGGAUCGAUCAAAAUGUUGCAGAAGCUAAAGUAGAAUCUAAAGUAGAAUCCCCUUCAUUAACAUCAGAAAAUCCAAUCGAAACCCCUGAUAAUCCCGAAGCAAUCGAGUCUGAAACCCUAACAGAUCUACCUAUAGUCGAAAAUAAUGAGGCUGAGGGGCCAGAAGCACCUGUUGCAGCUCCUCCCCUCGAAGUCCCAAAACCAUCCCCCAAAGAAAUGCAAGUAGAUUCUCCCCAGGAAAUUCCAGAGCCCGAGGAACUGAAAACAGAGUCUGAACCAAUGGAAAUCACAGAAGAGGCACCUGGUGACUCUCCAGGAGAAGAUGAACCUGACAAGAGUCAGGAUUUCGUUGACCAGUUGGUGAAAGAGAUUCCCCCCUCGUCAGAAAGAAUUCUCAACGAUGGGAUUAUUGAGCAAGAGAAAAUCCCAGAAGUGGAGCCAGCAGUGGAAAUUGAUUCUGAUGUUAAUUCUUUAAGAGAUCAGCAGACAGAGGCAUCGCGAGAUGUUGAAUUAGAGGCUGAGGGGAUGGAGGUGGAGGAGCAGGCAGAGGCACCUGCUGAAACUCUGACUGAAAUAAUAGAAGAGUUGACUCGAGUUGAGAAAGAGAAAGAGGAAAUGGAGGAGGAAUUGGUUCCUGGUACUAAAGAAGAAGAAGAAAUUGAAGAGGAAUUGGUUGUACCAACUCCUAAAGAAAAAGAAGGAAUUGAAAAGGAAUUGGUUGCACCAACUCCUAAAGAAGAGGAAGGAAUUGCAGAGGAGUCGGCUCCAUCAAUUCUUAAAGAAAAAGAAGAAAUUGAAGAAUUGGUUUCACCAAUUCCUAAAACAGAAGAAAUUACGAAGGAAUUGGUUCCAUCAACUCCUAAAGAAGAAGAAAUUACAGAGGAAUUGGUUCCACCAGCCCCUGAAGAGGAGGAUCCACCGCAUGAAGAAUCUCCCAGGAGUCCAGUAAUCCUGAAAGAAGCUGCUGUCGACGAUAAAUCAACUUCUGAACCAGUUCCACCUCGGAUUGAAGAAGAAAAACCUGUGGAAGAAUCUCCUGCAGUUGAAGAAGCACAUAAAUCCCCGAAGAAUCUGCUUGAUGAGUCUGAUCCUCUGAAUGAACAACUAGAGUCCAAAGCUCUUGGAGAUGAGUCCACCCCAGAAGUUCCUGAUGUUAAAGAGAUGCCAGAAGCUCAAGAGUCUCGCCCAGAAGCUCCCCAAGAAGAUCUUAAAACUCCUGAAACUGAUGUUGAUCUCCAAGAAUUCCAAGACAAAAAUUCCGAGAUUCUGGAGGAAAAGGCUGACGUUGCAGCCUCAGAGCCUGAAGAAACAAUCCCAGAAAAAUUCGAGAACGCUCAUAGCCCCCAGGAGAUACCCAAAGCAAUCCCCGAAGUUACAGAACAUAUUUCCGACGUCCCCAAGUCCCCAAAAGAAGCCCCAGAGGACCUCCACCCAGAGAAGUCUCCCUCCUCUCCAGAAACCGAUGAAACUCCUCCCCUCCUCGACAAAACUCCCGAUUCCCCACCAGAAUCCCCUCCUGAGGCUGCCUCCAGGCCCUCAGAAAUGCCCCAAAAUACCGAAGACAUCGAGCUCUCGACAGCUGUUCCAGAGCCCGAGCCCCAGGAUGACCUCUUCGAAGGCGUGAUAGAGGCUUUCGACGACGUCCCAGUGAUGCCCGAGGAAAUCGACGAGGAAAAUCUCGCAGAUGAUUUACCAAAGUCCCCAGACUCUGCUGAGGACCUGGAGCAAGAACUGAUGUCCCUAGAUUCCCCAAUGAAGCACGUUGAGAGGACCUUCAACCUGGACCAGCAGGAGAAAAUGGACAUUCCAGAUGAGCUUUUGGCAGGCCUUCCUGGAGACAUCGACCCUCUGGCCUCGAACCCAGAGAUAUCAGAGCUGGAGUGUGCUGUCAAGUUCCUACAGGAGUCCGAGGUGCAGGAGAUUGUGUCUCCCCUGGUGCUCUCCCCCAAACUCGACGAUCACAUCGAGGACUCAGGUGAGCCUGACCAGUCGUUCCCCCCUGAGGAUGAUCCAGGCGAACUGGAAGCCGAAUUGGACGAAAUUAUAACAGAUCCAAUAGCUAUUUCCGAGGCAGAGAUAAUAUCGGAGGCAGCCAAGCUGGAGAGCGAGAGGAAGCUGAAGGAGGAGGCGAGGGUCUCCACGAAGUCAUCAAACCCUGCAAGAGAAGAAGAAGAAAAAAUUGAGGAGAAGCCUGUGGAGGAAUUCCCAGAGGACCCGAAGGUCGAGUCAAAAUCAGUGGAGCCUGUGCUCCAGAAAUCCACUGGAAACCUCCCAAAAAUAUCAAUCCUCGAAGAGCGUUUGAGGGAGCCCCCGAAGAUCGAGAUCCCCCUGGCAGAGCCCAGGAUCGACACCCCAACCACCCCAAAAACAAGUCUCCUGAUCCAGCGAGACCAGAAAUCCACCUGUAAGAUGCUGGACUCCCCGAAGUCUCGUGACGAGUCGAAAGCAGUGGAGACAGCUCGAAAGGAGCACGAUAAACACGAGAUCGAGAACAUAGGCUCGCCCAGGAUAAUUCUGAAGAUAGCAAAGUCAGCUAUAGCCGACUGUGCAGAGCCGAGAUCACCGAAGAGUCCGAAGAUCCGUUCAGCUGCGAAUUCCCCAAACCCAGAGGACAGCCCGGGGCAAAAACUGGGAAAAAUCAGAAUGAAGUUAUCGAGGAGUGGACAUCCCUCGAUCAUCUCCAACGAGACGACUGACGAAGUUCAGAGGACGGAGUCGUCCUCUCUCUCGCCCCUGGGAAUGAAGAUUAAACUGUCGAAGUCAGGUGAUGCUUCAAUCGUUCAGCCAGAGAAAUUCGAUCUCCCAGAGGACAGGAGGCUUGAUUCCCCCCUGGGGAUGAAGAUAAAGCUCUCUAAAUCAGGUGAGGCACCCCCUGAUGACAGACGAGUUGAUUCCCCCCUGGGAAUGAAGAUAAAGCUCUCUAAAUCAGGGGAAGCCCCUUCGAUCGUUCCACAGGACUUCAAAGACCUGCAGAAGCACAAAAUCGAUGUGCAGCAGUCGCCGAAGCGAACGGAUUCUCCCCUGGGGAUGAAGUUCAAGCUCUCGAGGACAGGUGACGCCUCGAUAAUCCAGCAGAUUGAUAAAGUCGAGGAUGAGCCCAGGGAGAUAUCCCCGGAGACUCAGAGAAGAACAGAAUCCCCUCUGGGGGUGAAGAUAAAGCUCUUGAAGGGUGGAGACGCCUCGAUAGUUCCAUCAGACCUCGAGGAGGAGUCGAAGCGGACGGACUCCCCCCUGGGGAUGAAGAUGAAGAUAUCCAAGAAGAGUGGGGCCUCAAUCCUGGACCCCCCAGCCUCGGAGAGCCCUAAGGACAAGCUGGAGGUGCCAGAUCUGCCUCCUCGACGCACGGAAUCCCCACUGGGGAUGAAGAUAAAGCUCUCAAAGUCCGGUGACGCGUCGAUAAUUCAUCCUGAGGUGGUAGAGGAGUCCAAUCAGGAGAAGGCCAAAGCAGAAGGGCCUCAGGUGUCUCCAACGGUCCCUGAAGCCUUCGCUUCCUCAAUCGGAAUGAAGAUAAAACUGUCGAAAACAGGUGAUGCCACCAUCAUUCAUCCUGAUAAGGACGACAUCGAGGUGACCCUGGACUCUCGCAAGACAGACUCCCCCAUUGGUGUGAAGAUCAAACUCUCCAAGAGUGGGGAUGCUUCUAUCAUCCAGGCACCACUGGAGAACGAGGGGAAAUCGAUGCAGAAGUCGCCGGACACUUCGGGAAUUGAGUCUAUGAAGAUUAAGCUGUCGAGGAAGGGGCAUCACACGAUUGUCACCAGUGAUGCUGAGCAUAAAUCCAAGGAACCACCUGAGGUUUCUGAAGUGACUAUUGAAUCGAUAGUGAACAAGCCCGCAGAGCACGAGUCGCUGAAGCGAAGGGAGCCAGCUGUGGCUCCUGUUGAGGUGAAAAAGUACAAGUUGGAGGCCAAACUCUCCCACAUUCUUCCAGACGUGACGAUCCAGCCAGUCGCUCCUAGGGAGCACAAACCCCAGUCGUCGGGAGCGUCAGCCAUCAGCAGACAGCAGAUGAACGUCAUCAGUCGAGAGAUCAGCAUCACUCAGGUGCGCUCGCUGGCUGAGGGCUUCAAUCAAGUUAUUGAGAACGAUUCUGAGGAUGUGGAGAUUAUUGAGCCACACCCAGAGCUCAUUAUAGUGAAUGAGAACUCGAAUUCGAGUCAGGAUGUCAUGAUAAUUGACGAGGUGCCAGCGCUGAGGGUUCCAGAGGUCAAGAUCCCGAAGAAGAGGGGGAGACCCAGGAGAAUUGGACUGCCUGUGGUGGAGGUUGUCCCUCAGGAUCCGCUGGCCCUCGACGAACCGGUGAGCUCUGUUGAACCGAAGGAGAACGAGAGGCCUAAGAGGACCUGCAGUCGUCAGAAGAGUUAUGCUCCACCCAAGAGGGGCCGGGGACGGGGCAGGGGGAAGAGGAAACUCGAUAGGACGGACUAUCUCGGCGCCAAGAAGCCCAGGAUUGAGCAGAAUCUCAGCAUCAUCGAGAGCAGAACCACUGCGUUGAUCAAUUUAGAUGAUGAGAUUGCGUCUGAAAAUUCAUCGGAGCUUUACAAGGUUCUGAGCCAUCCGCUGAAGGAACAGGGACUCGAGGUGGAGGCUUUGGAGAUGGAUGCUCGAGCUCCACUGGAGGAUCUCGGGGACAAGGGAAAGAUGGAGGAGGGGAAGGAGGGGAAGGAGACCUUUGGCGCUCCUGAUAGCCAGAACUGGCUCACGCCUAGCUCCAAGAAGAUUCUCGAGGGGAGGAGCGAUAUUUCUACGGUGCAGGUUAUCGAUGAGGAGACCAGGAUGAGUGCUGAGUCAUUUUCGAGGUCACAGACACCUGCUAGGAGCAUCUCCGCACAUGCUGGUGAGCCAAUAGUCAACGAGGAGUCCCAGGGUAGUGUCUUGAGCACAGCGACAACUGAAUCCGAAAAGGUCAAGGUGAAAAAUCGCAGAAUGGAGAUUAACUUUGACCCAGACGAGGGUCCCUUCACAGUUGAAAAAAUAGCUGAGUACGAGUGGCCAGUUGAUCGUAAAGGUGACACCUUCAUGAUUCAAGAGCAGAUAUCCCAGUACCUUGGAGUUAAAUCCUUCAAACGAAAGUAUCCAGACUUGAAGAGACGAAUGGUGGACAUGGAGGAGAGAAAUCAUUUACGAGAGAACGGUCUCGUCAGUGAAUCCAUGUGCGACAUGGGUCUAACUGCUGUCUGCAGCUCCGAGGUACUCGACAUAAUGUGCAGUGAUUUUCCGGAUCAGUACGAGGAGUACAGAAAGCACAUGAGGGAAAAGCAGAUUAAGGAGCACUCGAAGAAGCAGAAGGAGUUGACAGCUGCUGCCAAUGCUGAGAAGAAUAGAAUUGAUCUGGCUGAGAUGGCUGUGCAGUCGGCGCUGUCCUGGAAUGUGGGCUUCAACAAGGCGAGGAAGGAGUCCAGAAAGUGCAGUUUAGAUCUCCAGACGUUCACCAUUCAUGUGCCCAAGAAGCAGCAGAAGGUCGAGAACAACACGAGCAUCAGUCAUUAUCCAGUUGCACUGAUUCCUGGACAGUACACGGAUUAUUACAGGGAGUAUACACCAGCUGAGCUGAGGUAUUACCCUCUCAAUACUGUUCUGUAUGGCCCCAUGAGGCCCAACGAGAGGAAAUUCGACAGCCAGUCUGAGGGCUCACAGAGUGACAGCGACAGUGACUCCUCCUCGGACGAUUCCAGCUCAUCCAGCAGUGAUGGCACUCAGGACACUGAGGGCUCACAGUCCACCAUGGACGAUGUUGAUAUUGAAUUGUCCAAUCAGAAGGACAAGUCACUCAAGUGCAAAAUGUGCUUGAAGAAUUUGAACAAGUUCAAUAAACCCGAGGUGCAGAUACAGUGUGGCACUUGCAAUGGGUAUGUUCAUCCUUCCUGCAUUGAUCUCACACUCGAUAUGGUACCCCAUAUUCAGGGGUAUGCCUGGCAGUGCACUGACUGCAAAACCUGCGCUCAGUGCCAUGAUCCUGCUGAUGAGGACAAGAUGCUGUUCUGUGAUAUGUGUGAUAGAGGCUAUCACAUAUACUGCGUGGGUCUUCGAAGGGUUCCACAAGGACGGUGGCACUGCCAGGAGUGCGCCAUGUGUGCAAGUUGUGGGUCUCGAGAGCCUGGAGGUAUGGUAUGUGCAGACAGAAACAGUGUGGCCCAGUGGCAACACGAGUACAAAAAAGGGGACAAAAACACCAGAAUUUACGUUUCUACGCUCUGUGUGCCUUGCUCAAAACUGUUUGGAGAGCAAGGAUCUGAUAAUAAAUCGGAAAAAUUACCAGUGUGAUUACUGCAUACUGAGCCGACAGCAGAUGGGAAAAUCUUUGGUAUCCAAAGCUUUCAAGUGAAGACCAGAAAAGACAACCAUAUGUAAUUAGUUUUCGUCUGUGUCUCAAAGGCUGUUGAUUCAUUACUUGUUGUAUUUUUUAAAUCUAUUUUCCACACUGGCUGAAGAUAUUUUGAUUAGUAUUGAAGACGUCCAUCAUUGUUAUUUAUCAGACUAGCCAAUGAUUUCACAUUGAGUGAUGAUUAUCGUUUCAUUUUUACAUGUCUCGCACGAUCAAUCAAAUCCUCCAUUGAACAUACAUUAAUUAUUUUCUAUUUUGUAAGAGAGUUCAUGCGUACAUUCACUAGAAUUAAGAAUUCAAUAAAUGAUUGUGACAUUUGGAAAGAUAAUAAUGCAGACAACUUCUUCAAAAUAUAUCUCGUUUUAUUUUCACAUAAUGUUUUCUCACAACAUGCUUAUAAUCCUGGCAUUGGUGUGUUUUAGUUUGAAUCGAAUGUGAACUGCCCUCGAAUAUUCACUGUUCAUUCUUUUCCGAGAGUUCAUUAUCGUUUUUGUUUUCAACUUGAAAAAAAUCUUUCGAUUCAAUCGUGAGGUUCAAUGGCAUGAUCACGACGAUCAGUUAAUCAUCUCUGGGGAAAUGAUCCUGAUAUUGUCUCGGGUUGAAAUACAUUUCCAAAUGAUGCCAUUUUUAGAUAAUGAAC